AUCGAACGGCGUGGGAGUGCGUGUGCGAGUGUGUGUUUGGAGCAGAGUCAGUUAAUCUAUUGCCAGCUCAACAUAUAGACACCGCCAACAGAUGUUGGCAGUGCGGAAAAUCGAGUCAGAGCAGCCAGAAGCCAAGUCCGAGUUGUUUUGGUGAAGAAGAAAAUCGCAAGACUUCCAGAAAAUGUCGCGUCUCCUGUUCGCGACCCUGCUGGCCAUAAGUUUGGGUUGUGUGGCGCCCAGCAGCAGUGGCAGCAACCACCUGCCAGCGGGAUUAGCAGUGGAUCUGGGGCCAGGUGUGAACCUCAACGAGCGCUUCUUCGACCAGGUGCGGGCGCUCAUCAAGAGGAGGCUCCAGGAGAAGGGACUGGCGAAGCAAACGGAGCAGCCGGAGCUGCCCUUGCCACUGGCCGAGGACGAUGCCCUGGCUCUGCAGAAUCAACGCAGCUACGACAAUGUGCCCCUUCCGGCGGCCAGUGUUCCCACGCCUGUGCUCGUCGAGAACUGGCCCACCGAGCAGCACAGCUUUGGCCAGGUCACCGCCGUGGCCGUGGAUCCACAGGGAAACCCAGUGGUUUUCCACCGCGCCGAACGCUACUGGGAUGUAAAUACCUUCAACGAGAGCAAUAUAUACUACCUAAUUGAAUACGGGCCCAUUAAGGAGAACACCAUUUAUGUGCUUGACGCAAAGACGGGAGCCAUUAAGUCGGGAUGGGGAUCGAAUAUGUUUUAUAUGCCACAUGGCAUGACCAUCGAUACUCAUGGAAAUUAUUGGAUUACCGAUGUGGCCAUGCACCAGGCUUUUAAGUUUAAGCCCUUCAGCAACAAGCCACUGCUCACCAUUGGCAAGCGAUUUAGGCCCGGAUCAUCCGUUAAGCAACUGUGCAAGCCCACUUCCAUCGCCGUGGCUAAAACGGGGGAGUUCUUUAUCGCUGAUGGCUACUGCAAUAGUCGGAUACUCAAGUUCAAUGCCGCUGGCAAGCUGUUACGCACGAUUCCCCAGCCACCCGAAUUCCUUUCAUUACAGGUGCCCCAUGCCAUCACCUUGCUGGAACACCUGGAUCUCUUGUGCAUCGCUGAUAGGGAGAAUAUGCGCGUAGUCUGUCCCAAAGCUGGCUUGAUAUCCUCCCAUGGCGAGGGUGAACCGGCGGCCACCAUCCAGGAACCGGACUUGGGUCGCGUCUUCGGGGUCGCCAGCUAUGGGGACAUAGUGUUCGCCGUCAAUGGACCCACUUCCAUGCUGCCCGUGCGGGGAUUCACCAUCGAUCCGCGCUCAGAGACGAUCAUCGGGCACUGGGGAGAGUUCAAGAACCCGCACUCCAUGGCGGUCAGUGUCAACGGAUCGGCACUGUAUGUGACCGAGAUCGGGACCAACCACCAGACGAAUCGAGUGUGGAAGUAUGUGCUGGCCUGAACCUAAACCCAAUCGCACUGCGCUCCUGCAUAUCCGUAGAUCCCUAGAUUCCUCCCAAUUAG